AAGGCAGUGUUCCUGGAUCAGGUUAAGGCUUCCUGGGGCACCCAUCUCAUCUUAUCAGUGGGCUUGCCAAAAGUACCCGAAAACUCACAGGUCUUUCCCUAAAACUCUCUGUGUCCUCCAGGCUUAGCUUUGCCAUUAGGGCUGGACAUACUGAAAGCCUGAUGGGUAGAACUUCCUCCCUACUAGGGAAUCUUCCAAUGGGAACUUUCCAUGUUUGCCAAGGGCAAGAAAGCAAUGAUGAAAUUCAGGAACUACAUGGGCAAUUCCCAGAGGCCGGAUACCUACCAACUUCCAGACAUUAACAGUUACCUGACACCUAUCCCCCCGACACCCCAACCUCAAGCAGGAAAGAUCUCCAGGGAGAACAGGUCUGAGCCUUGGAGGAGGAAGAGGCUGCGUCCCAUCACGGCUCCCAAUGGCUUAGAGCCCCUCUACACCAGGGAUCCGGGAAGGAUUUACAAAGCAGCACCACAUAGCAAUGCAGUUAUCACAAUGGUCUACUUUGGGAAGAAUGUGCACCUAUCUUACGAAGACACAGACUUUCGAGAUGAAAUCAAGAUUUAUCAACAGCACUGUGGAGGAGAGAACCUUUGUAUCUACAAAGGCAAACUGCUUGAGAAAGACACCUUUCAGUUUAUCUCCAAACGACACCAUGGCUUCCCCUUCAGCCUCACCUUCUUUUUGAACGGGAUUCAAGUGAACAGGCUCAGCUCCUGUUGCGAGUUCAAGCACCGUAGGAGCUCGAGGCUCGGAGGCAAGAGAGGCUACUUCGGGAUUGUGAAUGUGGAGAAGGCAUCUCCUUGCUACAGGUGUAUUAUUGCCAUGGGCCUCGACAGAAAACCAUCUCCAACAAAACCUAGGAAGGAAAAGACUGCUGAGAAGGAGGAGGAACCACUGAAGAAGAGUCAGGGGAAACUGAGGAAGGACAGAGAUAAUACACCAUCGAGAAGGAGCAAGAUGGAGGGGAAAGAAACCUUGGUCUCAAGCACUUUUUCAGCAGAGGAAAUAAAGUCAGGCGUCAGAGAAGUGAGAACGGCUAUAGAGGAAAUGGAAUGGAAGGGCGAGUCAGGACAAGAUGUUUGGGAAGAGGACCAGGAGAACACUUUUAAAUACGACUACGAAGAAGAUUUCGAAGUAGAUGAGGAAAAACAAGAUGAGAGAGCUGAAGACCAGGGUCAGGCUGAAGAUCAGAUGAGUGCAACAUCCAGGUCACCCACUGAAGGGGAAAAGGAUAAUUUUAGCCUUGAAAAGGAGGAGGCAGCAGAUGUGCACGACAGUGACAACCGUGAGGAUGGGUGCUCCGACAGUGAAGAGGAGGAUGGACAAGAUACUAAGACCCUUUCAUCGAUCUCAUCUAGAAGUCACCCGUACUCUAGCGACAGUGAAGACGAAUCGACGGAGCUGUGUGCAGAAGCCCACUCUGGAAACAGUGCAGGGGGAAGUUCCACAAGUUCCUCUUCUCACGACCUGCAGGAAAACGAUGACCAAGGAAAAUUCCACUUUCCGGUCGAGGAGUCCUUGGAAACUGAGAUCGAAGAGCAAGAAAUCACAAAAGUAGAUGUGGAUAAUGGCCCUCCAUUGACAGAGGUUAGAUAUAUACACGUUACUGAGGAAGAACCAACAGAGGGAACCCAAGAGAUUACAGAAGCCAAGAUGUCUAGGCAGCCUGCUUCUCCAGAGGCAAAGGCUAAAGGUCAGCUCCAGGUGGGAGGCACAACUGUGGUGGAGGACAGAAAAGCAGGCCUCCCUGGGCUGGAAGAGGAGGGUAAGUACAGCCAAUGAGAUGACACGCUCACGUGCCUGUGCAUGAAAGCUGAUCUGGUCAUUGCGACUGCCAGAGCUGGGCAAUCAGUCUGGAUGAGUCUGGAAGGAUUCUAUAUUUCCCUUUCUUCUUGUCACAGAAUUUCACGUGUAUUUUCAGCUUGCUGUUUUCCUUCUAUUGCGUUUUAAAAAUGACUUGAUCAUUCUUACAUAGCCUGUUUCCUAUUUUCUGUAAAUUCCUUCCUAUGGUAAUUCUAUCUCAAAAAUCAAAUAAAACACCAUACAUGUGUGAAGUCAAA